AUGGCCGUCGGCGGCGGAAUCAGCAUUGUCUGCCUGGUAACACGCGUUUGCCUGGCAAGUGCGAUACUGACGGCCAAGGUAUCUCUGGAUCCGACGAACCUCUCACGCCCAUGGCACAGUUAUCCGUCGACUUUGAGCGCGCCGAGACAUCCAAAUCAUCAAUAUGACAAUCACGCGACGGACAGCAACGUAAGGGAGCUGUCGCCCAAACGUUUACAGGCCGAACGUCCAGCGAGACUUCUGUCCGCGUCGGUCGUGGAUAUCAACGAGCAAACGUUGCAGAGAGGUCCUCAGAGGUUCCCCGUGGAAAUUCACCCGGACGACGUUUGGCUCUCAGCGAAAAUGCCGAACGUAUCGCCGUCACCGCCACCGCUGACAACGACGACGACAACGACGACGACGACGACGUUGUCAGGACCACGAAGUAUCCGAGGAUAUCAGCGCUACGUACCUCGGUAUCAGGAUAUCAAAGUGUUCGACGGGUACCUGACGGCCGAUCUGGAUGCCGGCAAAUCCCCGUAUCGUGGGAAAGCCGAGUCAUAUUACCGUCAUGGGCCGCAAGACAUAACGGCGGUCAUCAGAGCCCUCGAUCGCUUCCUAAGUCGCACUCUAAACAACGACGGCUACAACAGCGAGCUACAUCCACCCCCGAAUCCUAUUUUAGCCCUCGUGCUGUCCCGAUACGGGCGCUACGUGCCCGGAAAGCGAUAUCCCCGUGUAUACGCGUACAUGGCGGUGAACAAUAUUCACAAUAGUCAACCGUUCGGCAAGUACAAAUACGAAUGCGACGAGGAACCGAUUUACGCGGCGAGAUAGCGACCGUUUCGAGUACCACCAAUUUACGAUGCAAAAUAUGAGCAAUGUAUGAGCUAAACGUAUAGGAUAAAUCAAAUGAUAACAGAGAUAUCAAUAAAAGUUUUCAA